AUGGCAGUCCCAGAGGCUGAGCUUCCCCGGCCUAGCUGGAGGCAAAAGGUGCAAAAGACUUUCACAUCAAACCAGUCAAGCUCUUUUUCAAGAAGCAGAGCGCAGGCAGACGCUUCACGGCCACGGUUACAAAUCUCGGCGCCAUUCGAAUUUCGACAUGUUGAUUCCGGCUCAUUCCAAUUCCCGUUUCCCGCUCAGCGACCAAACCGGCCCUGGGAGAGCCCUUUGACGCCGGACACACCUGAAACUCCCUUUGAACCGCUGCAAUUAAACAUUCCAAGUUCUGGAAAAGAACUGUCGCCAAUGCUUCCAGAUUUCACCUUUCCCAGUGAGAUGACGCCGCCAUCUCUGGUUCAUCUUCCGGGCCGGCCCCACGAUGACCCUUCGUUUCGUCAUGAUAGAAGCCAUUCAUCGACAUCAUUUCAUAUUCCUCGAAAAAAUGUUGCUACUCACUCAGCAUCAAGCAGCCCAGAGGUAUCACCAUUGAACCUCGCUUCCGACAAGCAGACUCGCACCCGGACUUAUGCGCCAUCUGACAUGGAGACGAUUAAAGAACGAGUGGCCUCGGCCAUGAAUGAAGUGGAGGAGCUGCAGAAGAAGAUCAACGACAUCAUCGAGCGACAAAGCCUCUACACUGCGAGCAGACCAUCAACAGCUCACUCAAUGGCCCGUACUCUGCCUGACGCGGCAGAAAUCCCGACUAUUCCUGCGCUGCCACCAGCGGCGCCUUCAUUUGCUGAGCGCCUAAACACAAAGGUGUCGCUGCCCAAUGCUUGGCCCGUGACAGCCUCCAUGCACAUCAGCCAGUUGGAGCAGUACGAGGAGACGCUCAAUAGCACGCAGUUUUCACAGUCGAUGCGAGACGAGCAAUCUUCCCCGUCGCCUCCCCCUCCACUGCCUCUCAGGCUACGACCGCCAACAACACCACCACCACUACGGAAGAAGAAAUCGUUUUCGCGAUUCUCUACUAUGCUGUCUCAGAGGACUUCACGACCAAGAAACCAGAGCCUGGACUCUGUUACGAAUUCUCCGCUUCCUCUCAAGGCAAACGAAGGAUACUACCAGUGCGCAACCCCGCCUAGAAGGCUGGACAGGCGAAGCACCGACACGUUCGAUACGAUGUCUAGUUGGUCGAUGUAUGAUGGAGACCGCAGCGUGCCGACGGCCUGGUCACCGCAGAGCACCCCAUCAAGAAACGAGGAUGACGUUUUCCUUGACAGAAGCGCCACGUUUGGGAAGAAUAGCACCCGGGGGUCGAGUGCGGUGAAUGUCGGUCUCGCCAUGUGA